CGACUCAGUCCUACUGUGAGAACCCCGGGCGCCAUGGCCCAGCCCGGGAUCCCGGCCGCCCGCGGCGCCGCAGCGGGCCUCCAGGCCCAGAACGGGGCCGCCUCGGCCUCGGGGUCUCCUUACACCAACGGUCCUGUCCAAAAUACACUGAUGUCAUCACAAGUGUCAUCGGGCCAAGGAUAUGAUUCCCAACUUCCAGGAUCCUACCCUCGUCCAAUGCCAGCAAAGACUUUGAAUCCAUUCUCUGCACAGUCGAACUUUGGUGGUUCUCAGGGAUCUGGGCAGACUCUUAAUAGACCACUUGUGGCUUCUAAUCCAGUACCACCUUCACUUCAUAGUGGUCCUUCCCGAAUGCCACCACCUCCUUCUCAGAACCCAACUGCUACAUCAAUGCCUUCUGGUAGCUUUCUUCCUGGAACCAAUGUACCACCACCACCUUUAAACUGGCAAUAUAACUACCCAUCCACAGGACCACAGACUAACCACUUUCCUCAUAUAGCUCAACCAUCUAUAUCUGGGAAUACAAAUUUAACAGCAGAUCAUCAGUAUGUUUCUUCUGGAGACCCUGCACUUCAAACCAGCUUCAUAAAGCCAGGUUCUGCACUUCCCUUACAGAAUCCUCCUCUGCCUACCACUUUUCAGCCAGGAGCUCCUCCCGGGCCCCCUCCAGCUGCAGGCCUGCCUCCCAACCGGCCCCCUCCAGCUGCAGGCCCACCUCCCAACCGCGGCCUCACAUCCCAGAAAACACCUCCUAGGGCUGCACUCCCACCAUCGUUUAACUCAGCUGUCAGCCAUGAUGGUAUUACAGCAAAUGCCAGUAAUGGAUCUAUGGUGACUCAUAGUACUUAUGAUGAAAUUGAAGGAGGUGGCUUCUUGGCAGCACCACAGCCUGCUAAUCAGAACCCCCAAACAAGCCGCAGUGUGGGGUAUGCCUACCCCUCACUGCCACCAGGCUACCAGAACACAGCGCUACCUGGUGCGGCUGGAAUGCCACCACCCUCCCUGAAUUACCCAAGCGGCCCCCAGGCCUUUACUCAGACUCCCUUAGGUGCUAAUCAUUUAACUGCAAGCAUGAGUGGAUUAAGUCUACAUCCAGAGGGUCUAAGAGUUGUCAAUCUUCUUCAAGAAAGAAACAUGCUUCCCUCAACACCUUUGAAGCCUCCAGUCCCAAAUUUGCAUGAAGACAUCCAGAAACUCAACUGUAACCCAGAGUUAUUUCGAUGCACGCUGACCAGCAUCCCUCAGACUCAGGCCUUACUGAAUAAAGCCAAGCUUCCUUUGGGGCUGCUGCUCCACCCUUUUAAGGACCUAGUGCAAUUGCCUGUGGUCACCUCUAGUACAAUUGUGAGAUGCCGUUCAUGCAGGACUUACAUCAACCCUUUCGUCAACUUUCUUGAUCAAAGAAGGUGGAAAUGUAACUUAUGUUAUCGAGUCAAUGAUGUUCCUGAAGAAUUCAUGUACAACCCUUUAACCAGAGUUUAUGGAGAACCUCACAAAAGACCCGAAGUCCAGAAUGCUACUAUUGAGUUUAUGGCUCCUUCAGAAUACAUGUUACGGCCACCACAACCUCCUGUGUACCUCUUUGUGUUUGAUGUAUCUCACAACGCAAUAGAAACUGGAUACUUGAAUUCAGUUUGCCAGAGUUUGUUAGACAAUCUGGAUCUGCUUCCUGGGAACACUAGGACAAAAAUCGGUUUCAUAACAUUUGAUAGCACUAUCCAUUUCUACAGUCUCCAGGAAGGUCUCUCCCAGCCUCAGAUGCUAAUCGUUUCAGACAUUGACGAUGUUUUUAUACCCAUGCCAGAAAACUUACUAGUAAACUUAAAUGAAAGUAAAGAGCUUGUGCAAGAUUUACUGAAAACUUUGCCACAAAUGUUUACUAAGACACUGGAGACUCAGAGUGCCUUGGGUCCUGCACUUCAGGCUGCAUUUAAGCUGAUUUCACCAACUGGUGGUCGAAUAUCUGUCUUCCAAACACAACUCCCAACGCUUGGUGUGGGAGCCCUGAAACCACGAGAGGAACCCAACCAAAGGUCAUCUGCUAAGGAAAUACACCUGACACCAUCCACUGACUUCUAUAAGAAAUUAGCCUUGGACUGUUCUGGCCAGCAGGCAGCUGUUGACUUAUUCCUUCUCAGUGGACAGUAUUCUGAUUUGGCUUCUCUAGGCUGUAUUUCUCGGUAUUCAGCAGGCAGUGUCUAUUACUAUCCCUCGUACCAUCAUCAGCAUAACCCAGUCCAAGUACAGAAAUUACAGAAGGAACUACAGAGGUACCUCACUCGGAAGAUUGGAUUUGAGGCAGUCAUGAGGAUCCGGUGUACCAAAGGUCUUUCCAUUCAUACUUUCCAUGGGAACUUCUUUGUCCGUUCUACAGACUUACUGUCUCUUCCCAAUGUCAACCCAGAUGCUGGGUAUGCUGUUCAGAUGUCAGUAGAAGAAAGUCUUACUGACACUCAGCUCGUUUCUUUUCAGUCAGCACUCUUAUAUACAUCAAGUAAAGGUGAAAGAAGAAUUCGUGUCCAUACUUUAUGUUUGCCAGUAGUUUCCACCCUUAAUGAAGUCUUUCUUGGAGCUGACGUUCAAGCAAUUUCAGGGUUAUUGGCCAACAUGGCUGUUGAUAGGUCAGUGACCGCCAGCCUGAGCGAUGCCCGGGAUGCUCUGGUGAACGCUGUCAUAGACUCUCUCUCAGCUUACCGCUCUUCAGUCCUGAGUAGCCAGCAGCCAGGCCUCAUGGUUCCUUUCUCUUUGAGGCUUUUCCCACUUUUUGUGUUGGCUCUCCUUAAACAGAAGUCAUUCCAGACCGGGACAAACGUGCGUCUAGAUGAGAGAAUUUUUGCCAUGUGUCAAGUGAAAAAUCAGCCAUUGGUUCACCUUAUGCUCACAACACACCCCAGUUUGUACAGAGUUGACAACCUCUCUGAUGAGGGAGCUCUCAACAUCAAUGACAGAACCAUACCUCAGCCCCCCAUUCUUCAGCUCUCAGUGGAGAAGUUGAGCAGAGAUGGAGCGUUCCUCAUGGAUGCGGGCUCAGUACUGAUGCUUUGGGUUGGAAAAAAUUGUGCACAGAAUUUUCUCAGCCAAGUUUUGGGAGUUCAAAACUAUGCAUCAAUUCCACAGACAAUGACAGAACUUCCAGAACUUGAUACACCAGAAUCUGCCAGAACAGUAGCUUUCAUCUCGUGGCUUAGAGAACAGAGGCCAUUUUUCCCAAUACUCUAUGUAAUCAGGGAGGAGAGUCUAAUGAAAGCAGUGUUCCUUCAGAACUUAGUAGAAGACAGAACAGAAUCCGCACUGUCGUAUUAUGAAUUCCUCCUGCACAUACAGCAGCAAGUGAACAAGUGAAGAGACCUGGGCCGCUGAGGAGCCACGUGCAGAUUUCCUGAGAAUGCAGUACCUUCCUUUCCUCCUUAAGCUUGUGAACAAAUGUGAUGAUUAAGAUGUUUCACUGUGAUUUCAACCAACUAUAGCAAAUAAAGGACCACAGCAGAGAGUCAGGUGUGCAACUCCAACAAAAUAUUGUAUUUUUCAAAUCAAAUAGAUGUCUACAUGAUCUGAAACCUUUUUUUUCCCUUUGCUGCCAACUAUGUUUGAGUUGUUGUGGAUUGAGAUGAGACAAUAUUGCAGAGGCAAAGUACAUUUUAUAAAAUAAAGACUUCUGGUAUCUGCAUUUCUAUUUCUCAUUUUUUUAUUUUUCUGAGUUUUUGGCUGCUACAUCUAAAAACCUCACAAGACUAAGUGUUGCAGGGAGCUUCAAAUCUGUCAAUAAUGAUCUUUUUUAAAUUGGAAAAUCCAAAAGUCAGUAGACUGUAGAAAAGCUGGACUCCAUUCCCUUUAUGUACUUGUUUUUUGCCCCACCCCAACUGCUUCUUUUUUAAGGAAGGAAAAGAAUCAUGUUAACUAAAACUGGAGUAAACUAGCUCUGGUCUUACUUGGGAAGAGUAUAAAUUGUAAAGCUUUAAAGUCUAUCAGUAUUCUCUCUACUUGAACAAAGUCACUUUAAUUUGAGGUAAAAACUGUAAUUAGGUGGUUUUUUGCUGUUUUAUUCUGCCAUGAAUAGAAUAUGAGCUGUCUUUAUAAAUAUAUCAGGAAUGGCAAUGAUAAUAGCUGGGAAUUUUGGUAAUCUUGAUUUGCUGAGUAGGUUUUGUUUGGUGCAUUUCUGCUGUGAUUAAUAAAGAGGUAAAGUGUUAUUUUGGCAAAUGAGAGUGAAAGAAGUUAAAGGUUCCAUAAAUACUAUCUUAGAAAGCAUCAACAUUUCUCUAAGGAGUUUAAUAAUUAAAUUGGAAGCCACUCAUAUAUUCUGGGAUAUUAAAACCUGUUAAAGUAUGAUUGCUGCUCUUUGAGUUAGUGGAUAUUAAGAUUGUGCAAACCCAUCAUAUUAAAGUUAUAAAAAAAAAUUUGAUUUUUAUAAAAAGAAACAUGCUUUUAAGACUGCUUAUUUUGAUUCAGUUAGAGAACUAUUACAGUCAAACUAUCAAUGGCUUUUGUUUACAAAUAGGUAAAUAAUCCAUGUGUAUUUAAAGUGCUGUGAUGUGUCUUUAAAAGAGUUUGGCUCUUUUCACAGGUUCAUCUUGUCUUGUAUGAACUUCUUCAAUGAUGUUUGUAUGUAAUACUUGAUGAAGAGGUUUUGUUUGUUUGUUUAUAUAGGUUAGAAAUGUGUUUACAGUCUCACAUGAUCAAUGAAAUCGUAACUUCCAGGUUUACACCCACGUGGGCUAACUUAACUCCUGGGGAAGGAAGCACGGGUCCCCAGAGGAUAUGGCUGCUGCCUGCCAGCUGCUUCAGAGUAACUGUAUCAUGACAACAACAGUGUUAGGGUUAUUUUCCUUUUUUUUUAAUUCCAAGCCAGACAUGAUGGUACAUACGCCUAACCCUGGUACUUGAGAUGCCAAGGCAUGAGAAUUGCUAACCUGGGCUACAUAGCAAGUACCUGACCAGCCAGACUUUGUCUCGAAAGAGACGAUUGAAAAAAAUUUUGUUUUAGUGUACACGUAGUACAGUGAAUUGAAUUUUCUUGAAAGCUGCUUCAUUUACUGAGAAGCAAUAUUCAAGUUAUAACCCAUGAAAUUUAUAUAAUUUCCCCCUUUGAAGCCAUUGUGUACUGAUGUUCCUUUAAAUGAACUAAAGUGUUCCUCUUCCUGUAAUUUUAAAUGUUGGUGUUUGUUUUUUGUUUUGUUUCUUGGUUUUUUGAGACAGAGUUUUUCAGUGUAGCCUUGGCUAUCUUGGACUUGAUUUGUAGACCAGGCUGGCCUCCAACUCAUAGCUGUCUGCCUGCCUCUGCCUCCCUGAGUCUGGUAUUAAAAGUGUGCCAUCAUGCUCAACUAAAUGUUGGUAUUUGUAGAUUCUUUCUUCGUAAUUCCAGAGGGAAAUGUUGUGCUCCUAGGGAAAUCUUCUUUGUGCCUUCCCUGAGAGUCUGACCUUUAUUAGCACCUGCUGGGUUAGUAUAUUUCACAAUUUCUUUUAAAUUUUAUUUUAGAUAUUAUGUAUCGUGCAAUCCAGAGUAAGUUUAGAACAGUCAUAAAAACAUAACUAUUUAGGGUUCAUAGUUUUUGUUUUUCAGACAAGAGAAUGAAUAUUUGUGGAAUAUUUUUUUUCCUUUAUUGAAUGUGUUUUAGUUUGACUUUUUUUUUUUUUGGCAGUAAGACACUACCCGUCCUACCAUCCUGUAUUACUUCCUAAUGUAAAACAACUAAUAUUUACACUAUGCCAUAUUUUUUUUAUUGUAGUUGUAAAUUAGAAAGAUCCUUGAAUUUUCUACAGAUCUACAACUACUAAAGUAACAGACAAGGGCAAUCUUGAUAUAGAAAUCUGAGCAUGGCAGUUCUACCAUAAAAAGUACUCUAUUUUUCUAAUUUCUAGAAUUUUUAAAAUAAUGUUUCUGUAAGUCUGACAUACUAAUAUUCACUCAAGCAGUACCAUUUAUUUUAGCUUGCAUAUAUUUUAAUUUAAUGUAAUGUAUUAAGUCUAAUAGACUGUUUUGCAAUAAUUAGAAUAAAAGAUUUACUUCUAAUCAGAGAUGCAUAACAGCUCUUAUCUAGGGGACCACCAAAUGUGAUUUCACAGUUUUAACUAUUAGAAACACAAUCCUUAAUAGAAAUUUUAAUUUUGUAAAGUAGUGUAUGAUAUUGUAACAUUAAGUCCUUGUUCUUGAAUCAAAAUUAUGUGUUGAUCUUCAGUGUGUUGUGCUCAGUCUUGCUUCUCUUAAAUGUUGAGACAAGAUUGGUCUUCCUUUUUACAGAUUGUAAUUUUCACUGUUUUAUUCCUGUUUUUUAAAAAAAGUCAUUUGUAACCCAUGCAAACAAUCAUUUGAUCUGUGCUAACUUAUGAAUUUGGCUAUUCAAUAAAGUUAAUUAAAAGAGCUUAUAAACAA